AUGUCUGAUACAAACUCGAUGACAAAUUCUUCUGCUGCAAGCGAAAUUUUGGAACAAUUAGAUGCAGAAAUCGUUUUAAUAAAACAAGAAAAAAAUAUAAACGAUGGUUUGAUUGUUAUUAGAAAUAUAACACAAGAAAUUUUUGAUUAUCAUGAUAAGAUGUUUGAAUUAAAAGAACAUGAGAUAACCUUUCAUAAAUUACUCGCAUAUGAACAUUAUCAGGAAGCACAGUUUUUUAAAUAUUGUCUUUAUAAAAACUUAAUGGAAACAAUUAUGUGGUGGUAUAUUAUUCUUUUAGAUAAAGUUGUUGAUUAUGUAUUAAAUAUUAAAAUGAUGUUUUUAAAAAAUUUCACUCCAAAAAUUGGUUUUACGUAA